CUUUUUUUUUUUUUUCCUUUUUCUUUUAAUUUUUUAUUCUCGACAGAUACUGGGACCCUCUACAUAAUGGCUUUCCCCACUGGCACCUGCCCUCUAUGCUGUCCGAUCGAUCUCGAUCGAGAUGUCGAGUAUCUUCUCUUCACAAGACGAAAUCCACACGUAGCCAAUGUAUUGAGUAUAUUGAAUCCAUUGUCCUUAAAGAGAAGUAACUUCGAUAAAAGGAAUCCUACAGUCAUUUACAUUCAUGGAUACAGCGAGAGUGCACCAGGCGAAAGUUCGAAUGCCGUAAGAGAUGUCUAUUUGAAGCGUGCUGAUUACAACGUCAUUUUGGUCAACUGGGUAAGACUGGCGACGUUACCAUGGUAUCACACGGCUGUCGAAAACACAAGACUAAUUGGUCCCCAUGUAGCACGUAUGAUCAGCUGGUUGGAUGCCCAGAAAGCGGUUCCAUUAUCAAAAAUUCAUGUUAUUGGAUUCAGUUUGGGUGCCGAGGUAGCCGGAUUCAUGGGCAAGGCUUUAGCUCCACGUUUGGUCGGAAGAAUAACCGGAUUGGACGCUGCUUAUCCGUUGUAUAUGAAUACCGGAAGAGAAGGUCACUUGACAUCUACCGACGCGGCUUUCGUCGACGUUAUUCAUACUGACGGCGGAAUCUUUGGAUUUCCAAAUCCUUUAGGUCAUGCUGACUUUUAUCCUAACGGUGGUAAACCACCGCAGCCUGGAUGUAGCCUUGGGAAUAUCCUUCGUCGCGGUUUUAUGUUACUUAUCAGAGAAAAAAUCACCUGUGGCCAUUACCGAGCAUGGAUGUUAUAUGUCGAAUCCGUUAGAAAUCCCCUCGGAUUUCCAGCCAGUCGUUGCCCAAGAUGGAGACCGGAAAUCCAAGCAAACUGCAGAUGGACUCCGGACGCUCUCAUGGGAUUCGCUGUAGAUCCGAAAACCAGAGGGAAGUAUUACUUGAAGACGAACGAACGCUCUCCAUUCGCACGAAAUGCAACGGGUUACAAUUUUUAAAUGGACGUUUCAUUUUCAACGAACGUACCUUAAAUUAUUAUAGUUUUAUUAUUGUCAUUUUGAUCUCAACGUAUUUCGUUUAAGAGUACAAACUUAAUGUUAAGUUACUUUUACAUAUCUUACGUUUAGAUUAAUACCCGACGAAACACGAGGAUUGAAAAAAAAAAAAUAGG